AUGGCGCUGACCCACCCGCAGCGCAUGCCCUCCCUCAAGGUCUAUGUGGCGCACUACCGCAACUGCAGCCAGGUGGAAGAGAUUGUGCUGGUGUGGAGCGGCGGGGCGGCCCCCGACGCCGACGCCGAGUUCCCUGCGCACGCCGGCGGCGUGCCGGCGGCGGUGCCCGUGCGCGUGCGGCAGGAGGCCAGCAACAGCCUGAACAACCGCUUCAGGCCCGACCCGCUGCUGCGCACGAGGGCGGUGCUGCAGCUGGACGACGAUGUGAUCCUCAGGUGCGAGGACCUGGCGCGCGGCUUUGCGGCCUGGCGCCGCCACCCCGACCGGCUGGUGGGCUUCUUCCCGCGGGAGGUGCGGCUGCCCCCCGGCGGUACACCGCAGUACAUCCCCGACGUGUUUAACGCCUCCCAGAGCGGCACCCGGACCUACAAUGUGCUGUUGACGAAAGGUGCAUUCCAGGACGCCCAGCACGCCUACCCUGCGUACUGGAGCGAGGCAUACGCCGCAGGCCGGGCCCUGGUGGACGAGCUGUUCAACUGCGAGGACAUCCUCAUGAACUUUGUGGUGGCGGCAGAAGCCCAGCGGGCACAGCAGCCGCCCUCUGCUGCCGCCACCGCCGCCGCCCUCAACCAAGUGGCGACUGGGCGCACGGCCCAGCCUGCACUCUGGCAGGCCGCACUCAACAACCGCCUGCGCGCGGCCUUUGGCGCUGGCGGUGACCCAGGUGCCAGCGGCGGCAGCCAGGCCUCUCCGGUGCUGCUGUAUGUCAACCCGCGCUGCUUCUUGGAGACGGGCUUUCUGUCUGGCGCCGGCAUCAGCUCGGAGCCCAAGCACCUGGACACGCGGGCGGCCUGUGCCCAGCGCUUUGCCGCCAUGCUGGGCUCCGGCCUGCCGCGUGCCCAAGCCCUGGGGAUGACAGAGCGCAACCCAGAGGAGCAGUGGGCGCAGGAGGGCAAGGUGUGGAGCACCGCGGCGGGCAACGCCACAGCCGAGGCCAAGCUGAGCUCGCUGUGCGCCUGGGGCGGCUACUGA